AUGGAGAAGGAGAAGACCACUCCCAAGCAAUCCAAACGGCCAUUUGGGGCUACUACCUGCAGCGGGAUGGAAUUGUUCAGCGUGCAAUGCGGGGAAUGCUUCAAAUGGAGGCUAAUCCAAACCCAAGAAGAGUAUGAAGACAUAAGGAGCAAACUCGAGGAGGACCCGUUCGUGUGCACCAAAAAAUCGGGAGUUUCUUGCGAUGACCUGGCAGACAUCAAGUACGAUAACACCCAUUUGUGGGUCAUCGACAAGCCGAACCUCCCCAAGACCCCGGCCGGUUUCAAGAGGAUUACAGUCGUGCGCAAGAACCACUCUAAAGUGGAUUGCUAUUACAUCACGCCUAACGGGAAAAGGAUGAGGGCCUUGACCGAUAUUGCAAGGUUCCUGGAAGAGAAUCCCAAGUACAAAGAGAGUGUAUCGAUCCAUGAUUUUAGCUUCAAUGGUCCCAAGGUUGUGAAGGGUACUAUACCCGGGCUUUGA